UUUCAUACUCGUUUUAUUUAUUUGCUUUUAAAUUCUUUGCCUUAUCAUACUUACUUUUAGUUAUUUUUCAGUGGUUAUUAGAUCCGUAAUGAAGGAACGUAUAUGCCAUAUAAGAGCCAUACUGUCCGACUUGAAGAAUGACGCGAGGUUGAGUGAAGAAACCGGGGAUUGGAGCAGCCAGGAAGCCGUCAAGAUGAAACUCUGCUUGGGAAAGCUAAUUCUGCUGACUAGGGCGAUGAGGGAGAAGUAUGUGGAAAGUUAUGAAUUGAGCGAACAGGACAAGAUGACAUACGCGGAAAUCUUCUCACGAUGCUACCGGCGAACAAAGCGUUUGUACUUGGAGUUGCCAUUGGGCGAGAUAGAAGGAAAGUCCAAAAUCGGCUUUCAGUUGAGCGUUGAUGCCGUUCUUUGCGAACUGGAGAAUGUUCUUAGAGAUGCCCCAACAAAGUGCUUAAGACACAUAAAUACGGAAACCGAUUUGGAUGUGAGUCCCUCGGAUGAGUUAAGUGAAUUGCGCGAAAAGUUGAUAAAUGCGGAAUUGAGGCGGGAACUAGAACUAAUUGGCCACAAUCUGAUGCUAGCAAAGGAGCGAUCUUUUGCCCACCAGGCACGCAUGGAACUGCAUGACACGGCACUAAGGCUCGUCGAGGAGCAGAAGUGCGUCAGGGCACUCAAGGAAAGCCUAUCGAAAUCUAAGCUCAAAUUAAAGAUCAUCAGCGAACAGAAUAAAGAGCUAAGGGAACACCAAUACCGAUUGCGUAAAAAGAUUGAACCAAGGGAAAGAAGUCUGCAACGAUUGAAGGUUCAAGUUACGCAAAGAAAAUGCAGAAUUUCUAAUCGAGGUCAUAGAGCCGUGAAUAAGUCAUCACGGCUAAAUCAAUCGGAGCGCGAAACUCUUAAAAAUUUAAAGUACCGCCUCAAGCUGGCUAAAGAAACUUUCGUGGAAGCCAAGACCGAAAUGUGCGAGAUCAAAAAGGAUAUAGACGAACUAUGCUUUGGGCAAGAAAGGCUGCAAUUCGGGGUAGAAGUAGGCAGAAAGUGCGCCAUUAAUUCAGAAGUUAAUCCAAUAAGACGUUUGAGAAGCAAGAGGAAACAGACUCUAAGCGUAAUCGAUAAGGUCCUGAAAGCCUUUUCCUUUUACAACCGCCUUAAAUUCCCGGAGUGCAGCGUCAAGUGGAGCCAGCUUUCAGAAUCCCUUCAAAGUAACCUUAUUAAGGUUCGACAAAGUUGGAAACGAACCAGCAUUAAGAAACUGCUACCGCCAAAAAACAAAGUGGUUAACUUAGCUCCCACUCCACAAACGAAUGCCUGCGGUUUUAAAAAUAAAUGUGUCAGCUUUUUAAAACCCCCAGUGAAGUAUCCACAGUUGCCGGAGUUUAUGUGGGACAAGAUAUACAAGCCCCAGGUAACACCCACAACCUCCAAGACGUGUAUACGUCCUGGUGUGUUAAAGGAACUGGUUAGAUCUGUGUGCCAAGAAACAGGCUGUAAGCGCUCUAACUCUUCUGUGCCAAGCCCAUGUGCACCCAACUUAUCAAUACCCAAUUCGAUGCCGAAGUACAUAGCUAGGCCAAACACUUCUGUACCAGUUAAUGGGCGCCCAUCAGUCAAUUCAGUGCUAAGUGAAUCCUUAUUACACAGAAACGAUUUAAUACCGAAGUAUCUGGGGAAAACAUUCGGUAACCGGCGGAUAAACAUGCUUCGCUGGUGCAAACGGAAGGUCAAACCCUACGGCCUGCCGAUGUACGAGUUCAGUGAAUCGUGGACCAGUGGUCGAGCCCUGUGCGCCAUUAUUCACUCCUAUCGCCCCGAUUUGAUUGAUGACAUUUAUAUUCGCAAGAAGAUGCCCAAAGAGACCUUGACAUACGGCGUGAAAAUCGCCCAAUCCCUGGGUGUUUGCAACUCCGUCGACUUCAUUGCAGAGUGCCUGAACAGGCAUCCAAACUUCGAGAAGGUCCUCGAUUUCGUAGAGGAGCUGCAAGGCUGCCUGCAAGCUCCGAUAUAAAACAAUUCUUUUUAAAUUUAUACAAUAUAUUUCAAUAAACAUUAACAAUUUUAAGAACGAAAAAA